CCGCACACACAAUACACUUCUCAUUUCGCGUCCUGAACUUUCACAAACACACUUUCUCACGCCUUCUCUCGCCCUUCCCAUCACCAUCAUGAAUACCGCCAACACGCUUGCCCUGCUCAUUCUCGCGCUCUCUUUCGCCGGCGCCGUCUACGAAGACCCUGCCGCCAUCAUUCUCGUUGCUCUCGCCGUCGCGGAAUACCUGGCCCUCUACACCACCACCCUCUCUCCAUUGGCGGAGCUCUACCGCCAAUGCAAGCAAUCCCACCAGCAAGCGGUGCUUCGAGCAACCGCUGCUUUGUCAUACCGCGCGCCUCCUCUGCUGCGUCUGGCCAGAGACGCUACCACCAAGAUCACGAUAGAUGAUCCCACCACACGCCUGGCCGCGUGCAACACCGGCGCCCAUAAGCCACUUCUCUUCCCAGAAGCAACCGCUGUCUUGUUGUACGAAGCGCCUCCCCUCCCGCGUCUGGCCAGAGACGUCGCCAUCACCAACGCGAUAGACGAUCUCACCGCACGCCUGGCCGCGUGCACCACUGGAGGCCAUAGGCCACAUCUCUACCCCGCCGUCGCCCCCUUCCGGGGCAUAGACACUGCAUUCGCCGUCCCCAUGGUCGUCCUCGAGGCCAGGAAAGCUGACGAAUUGGCACCGUCGCCUGCUCCCACCACGCCGCUCAGCCACGCUCUCCCCGUGGCGAACGUGAUGGGCCUCAACAAGCCUCGCAAAGACUCUGCCGUCGUCGAUGACGCCACCAAUGUUUGCCGCGCGAUGAAGGUGGGCGAGAGCAUCCAGGUAGUCGACCCUGCCGCUACCAUCGGAGCCUCGCCAUAUCACCAGAGCGGUGGUAGCUCGGAGGAUCUCACAAUGUCGGAGUCGAGCGAGCCCAAUGGCCGAGACGACUUCUUUCGGGGCGUUGCCGACCUGGAAAUGUCCGAUCUCCACGGUGAUGUGCCUGCGGAGGUUGCUGCGGCGGAUAGCCGCAUGGAAGACGCGCCGCCAGCGCCUACUGGAGAGGAGGCCAGCGUGGAAGACGCAACGGCAACGUCUACUGGAGAAGCGGUCGACGCCGCCAUGGCCGACUGCACGGUCCCUGUGCCGGCAAUCCAUCAGCCAGCACCAGCGGCUUCUUUCUCCGAGGCCAUUACCGUCAGCCGGACGGUGGAGAUGCCAGGUGCCAGUUCCUGCUGGCCCGGCUCCGCCGCCAACCACCACUCCGCCCCCUCCCUCCACGCCCCUUUCGCCAAAGGGCAAGGGGAAAGCGGCUGUGACGCCGAUUUGGAAUUCAGCGCCGAGGCCGCGACCAAAUACAUUGUCUUCUGGCUCGUAUCCGCGGAGAAGUUCGCCACUCACCUCUCUCAUCGUUUCAACGAGAUGGACGAGGCGGGGAGAUCCAACCUCUUCGCCGCGCCCACUAUCCUCAAGGACUUGCGCGUGGUGGUCUGCAGGUUCCGGCUGACCAUCGAGUACAUGAGGGGAGAAAAGGGAGAAGACUGGGACGAUAGCCGACUCUGUCAACACAUAACCACCUCGAGCCAGCUGCAGAACGGAAAUAACCGGGUGUUGCAGAGGCUGAGUGCGCUAUACAACAGAUGCCAGCCAGCAAGCAGCACCACGACCGCCCAGCCAGCAGCCACCGCCGCGCAGUUCUCGGAGGACGACAUCAUGGCCAUAUGUCAGCGAAUUGGAGAGUCCGCACCGCCUCCUCGCACCAGAGAGCUGCGAACAGGGACGGUCCCGCAGCCCAUCACAGGCAAGCGCAAGCAGCGUGAAGCGGUCGAAUACGAUCCGACGCCCUACCUUCGUCGCUGCACGGUGGCGGAGUGGAAGAGAGUGUCUGAAAAGGGGCAGAAGGCCAGAGAGCCUCGCAAGGAGGUCGACACGACAGAUGUCGAGGAGGGGCUCAAAGGGAUGAGCGUGAAGGAGGACUGAAGGAGUAUGGCUGACUGGCUGCGCUGCUCUGAACGACACAACAAGACACGAUACGAUGAAUGAAUGAUGGACGAUACGAUACCCGAUACGAUGGCAUGAGUUUCAGGAUGGUUCAAUGGGAUUCAGGUCUGCAGGACAGACAUUACGAAGAGUCGCGAGGGCUUGAAGGACAGGAUGAAGUCAGAGCCGAUGAUGCGUUUACGACAUACCGCUUGAG